GCACUUGAACGCAACACAAGACUGAAGCCAUCUGUAUUCCUGACGAGGCGUCUCUUCGCGGCCAUGGUAACACUCCAUUGAGUGGGAUUCAAAAAGACACCACAAAUGCUUUUUCACGCAGCUGUCAUGCACCAUGAAUCUGUCCGAGAUCUAUGACAACGCCAAAAAGGGUCGCGAGUACGCUUUGCUGGGCAACUACGACUCCUCCACAGUCUACUACCAGGGCGUACUCCAGCAGAUCCACAAACACUGCCAGACCCUCAGAGACCCGGCACUUAAAGUCAGAUGGCAGCAAGUGAGACAGGAGCUGACCGAGGAGUGGGAGCAGAUUAAAAGCAUCAUGGGACUACUUGAAGCCUUCAAGUCAGAAAAGCCCGUGACAGUACCAGUCCCUCAGUCCGGGGGAAGUAGUGCCGAGGAUCCGGCAGCAUGGCCGCCCCCCACACCCGCGGAACACAAGAAUCCCGUUGUAGGGAAACGUCCCAACAGCGGAGUGAAGCAGCAGAAGAAAGACUCUCCUGGUCUGCAGCACAGAGGGGACAGUCAGGAAGGUCGUAGCCAGGCUAAGUCUAAAGGAGACAGGCCAGGAGUCAGAGACACUCGCAGCACAAAAUCUAAUGACGAGGGAAAGAAGGGAGAAAAAGACCAGAAAAAGUUUGAUGGCGCGGGACAUGACAGCGACCUAGUGGAGUCACUAGAGCGAGACAUUGUGUCCCGCAACUUGAACGUACACUGGAAUGACAUCGCUGAUCUGGAGGACGCUAAGAAGCUGCUGAGAGAAGCUGUGGUGCUGCCAAUGUGGAUGCCCGACUUCUUCAAGGGUAUUAGACGGCCCUGGAAGGGUGUGUUAAUGGUGGGCCCCCCAGGUACAGGAAAGACCAUGUUAGCCAAAGCUGUGGCGACGGAAUGUGGGACGACGUUCUUUAACAUGUCCUCAUCCACGCUCACGUCCAAAUACCGGGGCGAGUCCGAGAAACUUGUGCGCUUGCUCUUUGAAAUGGCACGCUUCUAUGCGCCCACCACCAUCUUUAUAGAUGAGAUCGACUCUAUCUGUAGUCGGAGAGGAACGUCGAAUGAACACGAAGCGAGCCGCAGGGUCAAGUCUGAGCUUCUGAUUCAAAUGGAUGGUGUGGGUGGUGCCCAAGACAAUGAUGACCCUUCCAAGAUGGUGAUGGUGCUUGCCGCCACAAACUUCCCCUGGGACAUUGACGAGGCACUGCGGCGACGCCUGGAGAAGCGGAUCUACAUCCCUCUCCCAACAGCUGUGGGUCGCGCUGAGCUUCUGAAGAUCAACUUGCGGGAGGUGGAGUUGGCCACCGACGUGGACCUGGACCACAUUGCUGAGAAAACAGAGGGCUACUCUGGGGCAGACAUCACCAACGUCUGCAGGGACGCAUCCAUGAUGGCCAUGCGUCGGCGCAUCCAAGGCCUGAGCCCCGAAGAGAUCCGAGCGCUGUCCAAAGAAGAGCUGCAGAUGCCCGUAAAGAUGGAGGACUUCACGCUGACGCUCAAGAAGAUCUCCAAAUCCGUCUCCGCUGCAGACCUGGAAAGAUACAAAGCCUGGAUGUCGGAGUUUGGUUCGGGGUAGAGAAAGGAGAAGAACUCAAUUCCCAUGUCCUCCUGGGUCUUCAUCUUAAACGCUAAUCCUGAUGACAAUUCCUCUUGUCUGACUGGCUGACAGUAACAGUGUUUACAUCUCAACUCAUUUAUUUAAAAAAUAUAAAAAUAUAUUUUAAAAAAAGAUGAACAAUGAUUGAACUGUGGUGUAAUAUCUUGUGUUGGAUGUCCUCUAACAAUCGGCAUUUGACUACAUUUCCUUGAUAGACUGCAGGGUUAAUUAAUGAUUGAUUGUAACUGUAUUCUUCAUUGGCGAACCUCUCUCAGAAUGUUCUGAACUCCCGUUUUCAUGCCAACAUCGCACUGAGCAGAAUAAUGCUGCUUUUCAUGAGUUUCCAUAGCGUGGAUGUUGCGACAUUAUGUACUAAUUGAGAGUGAAUGAACAGAGCCUCUGCUGGUGGCCGCCAAGAAGUGCAUUCCUCCUUUUUGCCUCAAAUGCUUCAAGACGCAAUGAAUCAGCAUUCGAUUCCACACCAUAGACCGAAUUCUUAACGUUAUUACGAUCAUGGCGAAUGUCCACUGUCUCCUGAUAUAAGAGCUUUAAAAGUGUCUGUUUACGUUUUCUAGAUCUCUUGCAACAAUUAUGACAGAAUAAAUGA